CUAUGGAAGGGGAUAUCCGCCAGUUCACGCAUUAUGCUUUAUUACAUUAAAACAUGUAAUUCAUUUUUUACUUUGAUAUUUAUUAUUACAUAUUUGUUAUUUUUAAAAGGUGAUUUUAAUUAAUUUGGCGUUGUUAUAUGUGCAUUUUCCUUUUCACAUUAAUUCUAUUAUUGCAAUAUGAUAAUUAGUUUGGCAUUAUUGAAUUGUAGCGUUGAAGAAUUUAAUAACUUUUUUAUUGUGAGAACAUUUACUUUAUCUUCCGUAAACAUGCAACAUUCAUGGAAAUGUAUGAUAAGCAUUUUCAUCUAAUUGACACAUUGUACUUGAAACAUAACGUGUUGUUUAUUAUUUGUAUGCGCUAAAAUGGGCCCUUUUAAUUGAUGGGAGAUAACUCGUGAAACAUCUGUAAACAAUAACCGCUCCCCAAGCCGGUGUACAAAUAAAAUGUGAUUUGUCGUGGCAGUUGCAUGACAGAAAACGUACGAAAAAACUUUUACAACGAUAUUUCCAGUUUUGAGAAGCUGUUUGAGAAGCUACGAUAUGUAAGAUGUGUUUAAUGAAGCAGUGAAUUGUUGACUUAUAAUAUAGAAGCCUUGAACAUUAUUCAAUACUUCCAGGGAGGUUAUCGCCAUGAAUGUUGAGCAACAACUAGUGUCUCAAAUCAAAGAUCUCUGCAGACAGAAAAUACUUCAUGUUGUUCAGAAUUUAGAAAAUGACCGUAUAUUUAACAUCAAAAAUGAGCUACAAGAGGUUUUGAGAUAUUUGUUACAGUUAUCCAGUUUCUCUAAUAUUAGUAGUUGUAUAAAAUAUGUACAAGAUGCUCUCGACAUUUUAGACCAGUUACCAACUGAGAAUGAUGUUUCAGAAGUAAAGGCCUGUAAAAAGCAAGGAAGAAAAUAUGACAUUCCUUCUGAAACUCUACAAAAUCUUAUAGAAAUUGGUUUGAAAAUUAGGGAUAUUUCAGAAUUGUUUAAUGUUGGCAAGAGAACAGUUGAGAGAAGAAUGGAGGAGUAUAACCUGUCAGUCAGAGAUACCUAUAGUAAUUUGUCUGACAAUGACUUAAGACUAGAAGUUCAAGACCUCUGUUCCAGCUUUCCAUGUGUAGGGUACAGAACAAUUCAGAGCCUUUUACUUUCAAAGGGAAUUAAGGUACAGGAAUCUAGAGUGAGGCAGACUGUAAGAGAGUGUGAUCCUUGUGGUGUUUUAUUUCGUAAAGUCUUCCUUACAUCCUGUAGAAUACAAAGAAGAACAUAUUCUGUCAGUGGUCCUCAAGCCCUUUGGCACAUUGAUGGAAAUCACAAGUUAAUAAGAUGGCGUCUUGUUAUACAUGGGGGAAUAGAUGGCUACUCCAGGCUCCCAGUUUUUCUCAAUGUUGGGAAUAAUAACAGAGCAGAAACUGUUCUGCGUGCAUUUUUAGGGGCUGUUCAGCUGUUUGGUUUGCCUAAAAGGGUUCGAUCCGACAAGGGGGGAGAAAAUGUGUUGGUUGCACAGUACAUGGUUGAACAUCAAUCUUCAAUUAAUAGACCUUUUAUUGCCGGAAGGUCUGUUCACAAUCAAAGGAUAGAACGGUUAUGGAGAGAAGUGUGGGCUGGCGUUACAAGCUUCUACUAUAACAUUUUCCAUCAGCUUGAAGAUGAAAGAAUGCUGGAUCCAACCAAUGAGGUGCACAUCAUGAUACUUCACCUUGUCUUUCUUCAGCGGAUACAAACCCAUUUAGAUAGAUUUGCAGAGGCAUUACGGCGGCGUCCACUCAGAACGGAAAAUAACCGCACUCCGCUACAGUUAUGGAUGACUUCCAGACAUCCACCGAAUGAUGGACAGGUAAGUUUACAUUAUGUGAUGAUCAACAUUAACAGAGCUAUAAGAUUAUGUCUCUCUAAAAUAUUGGGAAGUCACAAUAUUUUUGCCUCCAUUACUGUCUGUUCAAAAUAUCUUGGUUUAAGUGUUUGUUGGGCUCUAUAUUGGGUCAUGUUUUCUCACCUUAACUUGUUUUUACACAACCUUUUGGCCACUUUGUUUACAUUCUUUAACACUUGUUCUAAGUUGUGGUUUCAAUUCCCGCAAAUGGACAUAUUUUGUUAUUGUUUUGUUGUUUGUUAUUGGGAUAUAAUUUAG